UCCAGAUGGGAGCCCAGCCCGAGGCAAGGGAGCUUUCCCAGGAGCAGCUGGCGGAGCAGCCAGCGUCCUGGCACCAGCAGGUGUCAUCCCGCAGGUCCCAGGACGCUGUGUUGGCUGUGCCAGCUGGCAACAGCCCCAGCCUGGUGGUGGAGCCGAUCCUUGAGACACCAAGGAGUCUCCUCCAUCCCCAGGAAGCUGCCGCACCACGGCUCUCGACUACCUCGAAGGCCUUCGUAAGAGCAGGUGAGAGGUCCUGAGGAGCUGUCAGAGGCUCCCCUGGGGCUCCUGACGGGCAUGCCCAGGCCAGGCCGGGGCCCCUGAGAGUGGCCUAGUCCCUGGCUGCUUCCAGCGCCUCUGAUGCCACGGCUUCAAAAGGCCCUCUCUGCUUUGCAGCUGCUCCUGGGACGCCCCCGGGCGAAGCCUCGGGCUGUAGCCCCGGCCGGCCACAAGAGCUGAGCGCGGCCCACGACGCCGGGGAUAGAGACGGUGCCGCCCUGCCCCGCUGCCCUGCGCCUCCCGCAGCCGCCUCUGCGCCCUGCCCCGGCCCGGCCGUGCCGCUGGCCAGCCCCGGGGCUGCCGGGCGGGGGCCGCUGCCCGGCGCACAGCAGGAAGCAGGUCAGAGCAGCGGGGCCCGCGGCGGCUCGGCCCGCUUCACUUGCGGGCGCUCGGGGGGUUCCUGGGCGCAAGGCUGACGGCUCGCUCUUGGCCGCAGGGCGAAAGAAGGAGCUGCAGGAGCUCUACCAGCUGGGCCCGCAGCUGGGCAGCGGCGGCUUCGGCACCGUUUUCUCGGGCAUCCGCCUCUCGGACGGGAGGCCGGUGAGUGAGCGGGAAGGCCGGGCGUGCGGGGAGGGGCAGCGGCGGGCAAGGGCAGGCCUUGAGCUCAGCCCCCCCGUCUCGAUGGCUGGCAGGUGGCCGUCAAACGCGUGGCCCGGGAGAGCGUCCUGCAGUGGGUCGAGCUGGUGAGUGAGCGGGGCCAGCGGCACAGAGCGGGCUGUGCCCCAAGCGUCCCCCGGGCGGGAUGAAUCCCCAUCACCAGGGAGGCUGCCCGAGGGGCCACGGGGGCAUGCCAGGCAGGGCCCGGCGCAGCCACAGGGCAGCGUCAGGCCCGCUGUAGGCGCUGUCUCCUCCUCACAGCCCGACGGCACCUGCGUUCCGAUGGAGAUCGCGCUCAUGGAGAAGGUGGGCUCCGGCUGCCGCUUCAUCAUCCAGCUGCUGGACUGGUUUGAGCUGCCUGACAGCUUCGCGCUGGUGAUGGAGCGUCCGGAGCGGUCGCAGGAUCUCCUGCAGCUCCUGCGGGAGCACGGGUUCCUGAGCGAGGACAAGGCGCGCUGGCUCUUCUGCCAGGUGCUGUGCGCCGUGCAGCACUGCACCGCCUGCGGCGUCCUGCACCGGGACAUCAAGCUGGAGAACCUCCUCGUGGACCCGGCAUGCGGAGAUCUGAAGCUGAUUGACUUCGGCUGCGGCACCUUCCUCCAGGAGCGAGCCUUCACGCGAUUUGCCGGUGAGCCGAGAGCCCCAGCCCGGGCCCUGCUCCCGGUGCCGGGCACUGCACGGCCCCGUUCCCUCCUCGGCCGUGGCCGUGGGGGGCGGCGUUCAGCCGGCUGCCGCCAGCCCUGUGGCACGGGGCGGAGCCGUGUCCCAGGAGCCGGCUGCCGGCCCUGCCCACACGGGGCGGGGGCCGCCAAAGCCGGGCCCCAGCCGCUCGGCUCGGCAGCCCUGCGAGGGCUGGGGCUGCCCCGCAGCAGCCUGCGGCUGGACAGCGCUGCCUGUGUCCCCUAG